GCUGCAUGUAUAAAAGAAGAAGAUAUCCAUCGAGUUCUUUUUCUUCUCUCUCUUUAUUUUUUUCUCCGGAAAUUUUAUAACAAUGAACAGAAUCUCAUUUAUUAGUUUUGCAUUGUUUACAGUAGCUCAAGCGGCUUUACGUCGUUUUGAAUUUGAAGUCAACACGAUGGAUUUAAACCCAGAUUGUCAUGUACAAGGUUACAGCUAUCCUGUGGUCAAUGGAAAAUUCCCUGGUCCUCCUAUGCAUGUCACCAUAGGCGAUGAUAUAGAAGUUUUAGUCAAAAAUUCUGAUCCAAACAGAAAUACUAGUAUUCAUUUUCAUGGUAUUCGACAGAUUGGUACAUUAGAUGCAGAUGGUGUACCUGGUAUCACACAAUAUGCAAUUGCGCCUGGUGAAUCAUAUUUGCAUCGAUUCAAAAUUGAUGGACAAGCAGGAACUUAUUUUUAUCAUGCCCAUGUCGGUUUACAAGAUGAUUCAGUCAAGGGUGCUCUUAUUGUCUAUGAAUCAAGCGAAGCUAAUCCCAACAUACAACCUUCUGACAUGCCUCUAAAAGCAGGACCCUAUACAUACAAAGAUGACCUAACUCUGCAAUUAAGUGAAUGGUGGCACGAGGAUCUUGCAAGUCGCGAAAACUACUAUUUAAGUCCUAGUUUCACCUUUGACCAUGGUGCUGAUAGUGUUUUGAUGAAUGGGCGUACCAUUAACAAUCCAGAACAGACAGGUUUAUCUGCCGAGAAUUGUGGAGGAUAUACAACUCUAGAUGUAGAACCUAAUUCAGUCUAUCGUCUUCGGGUGAUUGGGGCUGCUACAUUCAGAACAUUAGCUAUGGCUAUCAAGGAUCACAACAUGACAUUGAUUGAAAUAGAUGGUGAGUUAACACAACCAUAUGAAACUUCUUUUUUGGAAAUUGCACCUGGACAGCGAUACUCUGUACUACUUCAAACAGGCAAUUAUUCACCUGGUACGACAUUUGGUAUUGGUACUGGCUAUCUUUGGAGAAACAGAGGUCAUGGCCUGACAGAAAAUGGAUUUGGAUACAUUCGUUAUAAAGCACCAACAGAGUUACGUAGAGAAUCAGAAAGAGAUACACAUUUGUUCAAGUUAAUGGACUGGACUAUCAAUAAUACCACUGCUGCUACAAAAACUAAGAGGCAUCAAGAUCUUUUUGGUACUGACAUAGAAGAAGAAUAUGACGAUGAAGAUGAGAGUGAAGAAGACGAGGAGGAAGAUGAGGAGGAAGAUGAGGAGGAAGACUCUGACUCAGAAGAGCAAAAGAUUAUAUUAGAGAUUAAUGAUUAUACCUUUACUUCCAGUAAGGAAAUUUCUUCCGGUCAAGGUAGAAAAAAUGUCAUAAACCCUAGUGAUUAUGUUUCAAGACCUGGUGCUGAGCGUAAAGAGCCUGUAAUCAGUGUGUUAGAGUUUCAGAAAGAUAGAGAACAACCAAAAACCAGUAAUACAAGGCCUGCUACUGAGACUGAAGGAUCUGAAAAGGAAGUUCCUAGUGUUGACGCAGAAAGAUCUGCUAGUGGUAAUUGGGGCGGUAGACCUGGUGGUGCUGGUGGAAGACCUGGUGGCGCUGGCGGUGCUGGCGGUGCUGGUGGAAGACCUGGUGGUGCUGGUGGAAGACCUGGCGGUGCUGGUGGAAGACCUGGCGGUGCUGGUGGAAGACCUGGUGGCGCUGGCGGUGCUGGAGGUGCUGGUGGAAGACCUGGUGGUGCUGGUGGGGGACCUGGCGGUGCUGGUGGUGCUGGCGGUGCUGGUGGUGCCAAGGUUGAGAAGUUUUAUCCUGGAUUACCUAUAUUCCCUAACAUUGACGAGCCAGACUGGUUUUAUCACCAAAUCAAGCCCUUGGAGUCUUUCGGUCCUCUACUAAACUCGAGUGAUGCUCGUACUAUUAUCUUAAAUACAGAAUACCACAAAAUGCCUGAUAACACAACACGAUACAUGGUGAACAAGCGUAUUGCGCCUCAUUAUAACCGACCUGCUUACUUGAGAUACCAAUCACUCGAUAACACGUUACGGACAACAUCUCUUGGCGAGUAUAACUCUUUAUUAGAUACUUAUCCGAUUCAGUACAAUGAAGUAAUCGAUUUGGUCUUCCAGAACAAAAAGUCUGACUUUGGUUGUUUACUGCAUCCUUGGCACACACAUGGACACUCUCAUUAUGUGAUCGCUUCUGGUUCAGGUGAUUAUAUACAUGAACGAGACCAGGGAGUUAGAAACUUUGUAAAUCCAUUGUUCAGAGAUACUACAGUUGCCUAUCCUUCAGUGGAAGUAGGCGAGAAUGGGGGUUGUGGAUGGACAAAAGUGCGCUUUUUAGCUAACAAUCCUGGCUUUUGGGCAGUUCAUUGCCACAUUACAACACACAUGCUUCAAGGGAAAAUGAUUGUCCUUGAAGAAGCACCCGAACUGAUUCAUGAACAUAGACGAUAUCAGCUUGUUGGUUGAUUUUAUUUUUGAAUAAGAAGCAACUACAUCCUCUAUA